CCUCUUCCGCCGCACGUGACCUGCCCUCUUCCGCCGCACGUGAACUGCAGUGAAUGGCGAACGUGUUGCCCUCCUACUAGUACAUACCUUCUCCUUCAAUCUGUUUAGCCAUAUGGUUAUUGCAAGUGACAUCAUGGAGCUAACGGAGGAGGACGAGAUGUUCAGCGAGGAUUCAGAAGACGAACACAGCGAAAUGACAGACAAUGUGCUCCAAGAAGCUUUCGCAAAAGGCUUGUUGAAGCCCGGAAUGAACGUGAUGGUGGAUAAACCCCAUAAGUUCAUCAACAAUGUGGCGGGCAUGAAACAGUGUUUGGCUGACUUGAAGAAAGACCUCCCCUGGGUGGAGAGGUUGGACCUCACUAACCCGCCGGUUGAGGAUGUCAUCUCUAAGCUUGGAGGGAAUAUGCAAAGCGGCAGCAUUGGAGAAGUCAAUGCAGAUGACGAUUUUCAGAGGGAGAUGUUCUUCUACCGCCAAGCGCAAGCCACAGUUCUUGAAGCGCUGCCUCUUUUGAACAAGCACGGCAUUCCCACCAAGAGGCCAGAUGACUACUUUGCUGAGAUGGCCAAGUCUGAUCAACAAAUGCAAAAGAUCAGGAAGAAGCUGCUUUCAAAACAGGCAGCAAUAGAGAAGUCCGAGAAGGCAAAGAAGCUACGCGAGCAAAGGAAAUUUGGCAAAAAGGUGCAAGUUGAGGUGAUCCAGAAGAGACAGAAGGCGAAGAAGGCAAUGAUGACUGCUGUCAAGAAAUACCAGAAAGGAAUGACUGACAAGUUGGAUUUCUUGGAAGGAGACCAAAAGGCAAAUACUUCUCAGAGUUCCAAGAAGGCCGUGAACAACAAAGGCCCGAGCGCCAAGAAAAAAUUUAAGGACCAGAAGUUUGGCUUUGGGGGCAAGAAGAGUGGAAAGAAGUGGAACACAAAGGAAAGCCACAAUGACGUUUCCAGCUUCCGCGCUCGAGUGGCCAAUGCCAAGGGUCCGAGAGGAAAGAAAGGCAAAGGAGGCAAACAAAAUAAACGUCCAGGGAAGUCUGCACGUAGAAAGAUGAAGUCUCGCUCGUGAAACACCUCGUGGCUCUUCAGCAGGACUUCAGCUUGAGCUCUAAGUGGAUUUCCUAACAUCUAAGACUUCUUUUUGACAUUUCGCUCAAACGGCCCUCCGUCCAAUUGGGAGUGGUUUAGGAGGAACAUGGCCUAAUCCGCAGGCCGCAUCGAGGAAGGAAGACUUUAAAACCACAUGAUUUCAAUUCUUUAGUUUGAUUUUUUACACCAACUGAGUUGUAUAGGUUAGAAUGGCGGACAAGAUUUUGAAAUGAUUUCUAUCGGUCUUAUCACAUCUACCGGUUUGGUAGUUUCAUUUUGAAAAGCGCAGGACAGACUCUUGGUGCUUGGUGAUGUCUGAGCUGUGUCGGAAGAAAUUAAAUCUGUUGUCUGUG